UAAUGAUCAUCACAUGUAUAGAAGAAGGUUCAUCGACAUUCUAUGGUACCGAUCCAGGCGUGGCGGUCGCAUUGAAUCUUGGUGGACCCUUAUCCGCCCUGCGCGAAAGCAGCGGCUAGUAGCGGUGGAAGACAUCGGAGGGAUGUAGCGAGCAGAAGAAGACAGCCGGGAGAGGGGGAGGGGAAGGAACAGAGGAUGGUCAGUUCGUCGUAGCCGCGAGGCUCGGAUCAGAUCAGUGGAUUAGUAUAUCCGUGGAUCAGCGGAAGCCACCAUGUCGCACAUGGGCGGUAGCUGAGAACAUGGAGAGGGGAAGUAAAAGUAUCUGCAAGCUGCGAUCAGUCCAGCAGGGUUGAGUCAUAUGUCGGGCCCAUGGACCAGAGAAUUGCUUGGAAUAUGUCCCAAAAGAGGAAUUGCACUUGAGCCAACUCCAAGAGAAUGGAUGCUUCCAUGGCUAGCUAUGCUUCUGUUGACCGAGGCGAUGGUAAUUGCAAUGCGCGAGCGUAUGCGGGUGCAGGCUCAUUCCGGGCGGAGCUUAAUGGGAUGGUAUCGGGUUCGCGUUCGGAUUGGCUUCAGUCUGUACCAGCCACGAGUAGUACAUUCUUCGCGUCAAAGCGAUUGCGAUGCCACCACCUCCCUGAGUCCGGGCUGAGUCGGCGCCGACCACUGAAAAG